AAGUAUAAGCGAAGCCCCUCAGAAAUAUUUACCUGCCAGUUGUGUGGUUUAAGCAGCCCUUUUACAUACUACGGCCAGAAACCACCAAACACCAGAGCUAUAGUGCUGCUUGAGGAGUGUUUUGUGACUAAGGACCCGUUCAGUCCGGAUAAGGAGAAGUUUCUGGUGCUGGGCUCUACCUGUAGCAUGUGCAGCAGCUGUGUGUGUGUUGGAUCGGAUUGCAGUCUUUUCUACACCAAGAGGUUCUGCAUGCAGUGUGUGAACAAGUACUUGGACCAGUUCCCUCAUCAGAUUCAGGCUGAGCUGGCCAAGAAGAGGCAAAGCUCCAAGACUGCUGUGUCCUGACUCUGGGCAAUAGGUCCAUAUCCUGACAAACAUCUGAAUAGCUUUUGUCAUAAAGAUGGGAUAAGAUUUGGUUUUUUUUUUUUCCCCCAGUACUUUUGAUCCAAACCAAACUGAGGGAACACCAUGUUUUUGUGCUCUGGAUAGUGUUUAUCAAGCUAACACUACUCUUGUGGUAGGUUAGCUUAAAAGGUUCUGUUUAUUUUACAGUUAAAAUUGGGAAAUUGGUGCAGAAAGACAGCCACAUUGACAAUCCAAAUCCAUUUUUGACUGUAGCAUUUGUCAUAGAGGUGUCUUCAAGACCCGUUUCAUGUUUCUGUUACCUUUGCAAUGGACAGAAGGCAGUAACACAUAGACAGUCUGUCUUUGAACUUGAUGAAUUAUGGGUGUUGCAAAGUUUUUAGUAGGCUUUCAUAUGACAUAACACAAUUUUAUUGCUUUUUGGCAACAUACAAUAUGUUAACAUUAAUAUUGAUAUGAUGUGUUUUGACAAGUGUAUGCUCUGUUGACUUCUGUGAAGCCGUAACAAUCUAUUUUACUAUGUUUCUCUGUCUUAAAGUAUAUAAAUGUUACACAGUAAUCUGUCUGGGUUUUGUUUAAACCCUGGGUCAAAAUGUUACACCCUAAGAUUUUUGAAUUAAUGUUGUAGCAUUGUAUCAGUUACACUUUGUUGUGUUGCUGAGCCCCAUUUUUUCAGUUUUUACAGUUUACAAUGUCAGACUGAACUUCAUAACAAAUGUAUGUAGCCAAAAUAUUGAGUGAUCCUCAAGUUUUCAUCUCAGGAAUCAGUCUUUACGACACUGUGCUCAGUUUGUAGCAGCAUAAACACAUUAUGCAUUAAGUGAGAUCCCGGCGAUAACACUGAAAUAACAGAUGGCCUCGCUGUAUUUAUCACGAGAUGUUUGACUUCUUUUUCAAGGGUUAAUUGAAACAGCAUGGUCCUUAAAGGCAGGCCCAGUGUUUUUCUUUUUUUUUCUUUCUUUUUUUUUUUUUUUAUUGCCAAUUGCUGCUGAGGAAUGUAGAGUGACACUCGCUUUAGAGUGAGUGAGCUAGGACAUCACGAACUCCUGUGCACAAGUGGCGUUUACUCUGAUGCCUUCACCAAUUUCCACAUGUUGCCUAAAUUAAUUUAACCACUCUGGAGUCUUGACAUGAAAACUAAUUGUACACUCAAAUGACUUUUUUUUUUUUAAAGAUACAUUGUGAAAACACACAAGGCUGUGUGUGACUGUCAAAGUCUUAAAAACAUCUUGUUUCCUUUCUUGUGUACAAGCAAUUACACGUAGUGAGACACACAAACCAGCCCUGUGGCACCAGUGGCAAAGUCUGACAGCGAUAGGCACACUGCCAAUGAUGACGGAAGGCUUUCUGCCCAUAAGCUGAUGUCAUCCACUACCAGGAGGCAGAUCUGUGGGGGUUUUUUGGGCCAUUUUCCUGCAUUAAACCGAGCUGUAAUCGUCCUCCUAUAACCUUGAAUCUGUAACAGAACAGAUUUACACUGAUUGAAUCAUGUGUGCCUGAGCCAUUUAUGUGACACCAAAUCAGAUCAAGCUGUGAUAUCUGUCAGCACUAGCACAGUCAUUUGGUGAUUGAUUUAUGUGAUAGUGUUGCCAGCCUGGAGCGAGAGCUUGGCACAGCACUGCUGCUGGAAGACUAAUCUUUUCAUAUAUUGUUUUCUUAUCAGGAUUUACACUUGAGACAACGGCUUGAUUAUU